AUGAUCUAUCUAUCUAUCUAUCUAUCUAUCUAUCUAUCUAUCUAUCUAUCUAUCUAUCUAUCUAUCUCCAUUCAUGAUUGGCUUAUUAUCUCUCUCUCUCUCUAUUUGUCUAUCUCAAUUGCUUAUUGCCUCUCUCUCUCUCUCUCUCCCUAUCUCAUUUGCUCACUAUCUCUAUCUCUAUGUAUCUGUCGCAGUUACUUAUUAUUUCAAUCUAUCUAUCUAUCUAUCUAUCUAUCUAUCUAUCUAUCUAUCUAUCUAUCUAUCUAUCUCCUUGCUUUCAUUCCAAUUCAAAAUCUAUCUCAAUUUCUUCAUAUCUAUCUAUCUAUCUAUCUAUCUAUCUAUCUAUCUUUCUUAAUUCCGGAUUAUAGUUUCUGCCAUUCAUCUCAUAUCUUUCUUUUCCUUUCUUCGUUUUCAUUACAUUUCUUUCCUUCCACCUUUCUCUCCUUCAUACCUUCCUUCCAUUAA